GGCCGACGGACCACACGCUCGCUCUGUGUGGGGAGACAGUCGGCUACCAGUGUUGCAGCAGUCCACCGGAGAACCGCGACCCGAGAUCAGGCUGACAAACGAGUCGCAGCUCCGGCAGGACUUCUCCGCCUGAAAGGGAGCUCCCUCACAUCACUCACCCCUGGUUUGGUCACUGCUGAACUUUUGGUUGUUUAUUAUGGAGAACACCAGUCCAGCGGUGCGUCGUUGGGGUCUGGGGAUUGGGUCCCUACUCCAGGCGCAGCAACAUGGAGCGGACAACAUGACGCUGAACCGCACGGACCGAGGCCGGGCCCUGGACAAGCGAAGGGGCAGCACGCCGUUACACGUUCAUCAGCUGCACCGGCGGAGUAUGCCGGUGGACGAGCGGGAUCUGCAGGCUGGGAACGUCUGUCCGCUGUCCCGCCGCUCCGGGCAACCACAUCCCGGCAUCUGGACCCCCGGCUCCUCGGACUCGGUCACCUCCAGCGGCAGCGAGUCCGCCAGCCCCUACAAGGUGAUCCUGCUCGGGGGCCACAGGGUGGGCAAGACCAGCCUGGCGCGGAUAUUCGGGGGCGAGGAGGAUGGCGAACCUCAGGAGGUAGAAGGAAGAGGAGACACUUUCGACAGAUCGAUCAUGGUGGAUGGGGAGGAAGCCAAUCUUCUUGUCUUUGAUAUCUGGGAGCAGGAUGACACUAACUGGAUUCAUGAUCACUGCAUGAAGCUGGGAGACGCAUACAUCAUUGUGUACUCGGUGACCGACAGGGUCAGCUUCGAGAAGGCUUCUGAGCUGAGGAUCCAGCUGAGGAGAGUGAGGCAAACCGAGGACAUUCCCAUUAUCCUGGUCGGGAACAAGACUGACUUGGUGCGGUCCAGGGAGGUGUCAGUGGAUGAGGGUCGGUCCUGUGCCGUGGUUUUCAACUGCAAGUUCAUCGAAACGUCAGCGGCGCUGCAUCACAACGUGCGCGACCUGUUCGAGGGCAUCAUCCGCCAGAUCCGACUGCGCAGAGACAGCAAAGAGGACAACGAGAGGCGGCUGGCAAACUCCAAACGGCGGGAGAGCGUGGGACAGAAGGCCAAGAGGUUCCUGGGCCGGAUUGUGGCCAGAAACAACAAGAAGAUGGCCUUCAAGCAGAAGUCCAAGUCCUGCCAUGACCUGUCUGUCCUCUGAGGCAGACCGUCAGCCUGACAGCAGCCAUCCACAGACCUGUGUGUCCUCGAG